GGUUACGCCACCCAGACUGGCUCCUCCCCCUGACUCCUGUAAACAUAACAGCAGUCCGUUGUUUUUGUCAGUAUUCCUGUUCUUAAAGAUGGCUCAAGCAGGAGUAGUUCUGGACCUGGACCACUUUAACUGCUCCGUGUGUCUGGACGUGCUGAAGAGUCCGGUCACGAUCCCGUGCGGACACAGCUACUGCCACAACUGCAUCCAGAACUACUGGGACCAGGACGACUACCUGGGGGUCUUCGCCUGCCCGCAGUGCCGGCAGACCUUCAACCCGAGGCCGGCGCUGGCCCGGAACACCAUGCUGGCCGACGUGGUGGAGAAGUUCAAGGAGACGCGGAUCCGGGAGACGUCUCCGCCCGCCGGGGCCGAGCGCUGCCCCGCGGGGGUCGACGACGUGGAGUGCGACGUGUGCACGGGCCGGAAGAACCGGGCGGUGAGGUCCUGCCUGGUGUGUCUGGCCUCGUACUGCGACGUCCACGUCCAGCCGCACUACGAGUCCGCCGCCUUCAAGAAGCACAAGCUGGUGUCGGCCUCCAAGCACCUCCAGGAGACCAUCUGCCCGCUCCACGACAAGCUGCUGGAGGUGUACUGCCGCACCGACCGCCGCUGCAUCUGCUACCUGUGUCUGACGGACGAGCACAAAGGCCACGACACGGCGCUGGCGGACGCGGAGAUCCAGCAGAUCCAGAGGGAGCUAGAUGACAUGAAGCAGAGUUCCCUCCUGAGGAUUCAGCAAAGAGAAAAGGCCGUCCAGGAGCUGAAAGAAGCCAUUUUAUCUCUCACUCGUUCGGCUCGGGUGGCGGCCGAGGAGAGCGACUGUGUCUUCACCGAGCUCAUCCGCUCCGUGGAGCUGAAGCGCUUCGAGGUCAGAGAGCUGAUCAAGGUGCAGGAGAAGACCGCCGUCGACGAGGCCGAGCAGCUGCUGGACGCCAUCCAGAAGGACAUCAGCGAGCUGAAAUCCAACCAGGCCAAGCUGGAGCAGCUGUGCCAGACGGACGAGCCCGUCCGCUUCCUGCAGGUGUAUCAGUCUCUUCCUGCACCACCUGUGCUGUCGGCCUCACCGUCACUCUCCACCGACCCCGGCCUCUCCUUCGGCCCGAUGAUGACGGCUCUGUCCGACUUUAAGGGGCUCAUGCAGGAGGUGUGUCAGGGAGGAUUUGUCAGCAUCUACGAGAGAGUGAGAGAUGUGACAAUAGUAGGUUCUGAGAAUCCUCCAGUCCAGAGUAACACGACCGUCACCGGUCCGACUGGAUCCGCUUCACAGAUGGAGACGUCCGUAUCUGCAGCUGCAGCUGCUCCUCGGGAUCUGAACCAAACCUCCAACAACCUCAAUCCCUUCCUUCCUUCUGGACCUGCCAAGCCCAUCUUUGCCUUCUCGCCGUUCGGCACCAAACUCUCCUCUGGAACCAGACAGAGACACAUCCGCCGGCCUCACUUCAGGAGGAGAUAGACCUCCACAUCCUCCACUCAUGUGAAUCCACAGUUCUGCAGAACUGACACUUUAAAUUAUUUAUUCUUUGGGAAUGACUUCAUUGAUUUAAUGGGAAUUUUGCUGUGAUGACGCAGCAGAAACACUCAGUGACUGAGAACCUGAGCAGGACUGACAGUAUUCACAUCAUCUGGUUGUAUUUCAUUUUAAUUUUCAUAAUUUUAUGUAUUUUUUGACGGUUAUUUUGCUCCUAAAGGCAUGUCAUAACUUUGUAACUCUCCAAUAAAAAUGGGAUGAAGCGUG